GGAGUAGGUACAUGUUGACUUUUCGAGUUCUCGGAUUCGAAUAUUUCUACAUAAUAGAAAUUUAAAGAGAAUCAAGUUAGUCGUUAUUCGUUUCUAUUAUCGCCAGUACGCAUUGCAACUAUUAUCGAUGGAUAUACGUUGCGUACUUAAUUAUACUAAGUAUUAUUAACAAUAAGCGCGUACGUUACCCAUUAGAGCAGUCUACUUGGCAAACAACUAAUCUCGAUUUUCAAAGAGAAAGUAUAAACAUCGUUCGCGAAAUGAACAAAGACAUGAUUCUUUGAAUUAUUUCGAUUCUAAAUAAAGAUUACACGAAUUACGUAAUGAGAAUGUUAAUAUCAAUUUUGUGUAUUCCAUCGAAAGGUUAAGAGGUGCGUUUAUUGUUUCUGAUUAAGAAGAAAUCAUUAUUUUUUUCGAGUAUAAGCGUUUAAAAGAAAAAAUUCAGUGUACUCGAUACAAUGUGAUUUCCGUAAAAAUUUCAUUCUAUUCAUUGUAUUACCAUUGGACAGUGUUCGAUGAAAACAUAUAUUUUUUAAUCUUUCAGAAAAAUGAGUGAUACAUCCAAGAAAAUGAAAGAUUCGAGUGUGAAAAAUAAUGUGCAAAACGAAUCGACGGAUCUGGUCCGUCAGAAACAAAGUGUCAAUAAAAAGGAAUCAGCUUUGAAAAGUACAAACGAAGAUGUACAGCGUGCGAUCGAAGGUUUGAAGGAGAUACCAGAUGAAGAGCUUCAAGAGUUUCUCGAUGAUGAAGAUUUCAUGGAAGGUUUGGAUGUCGUAGAUGCUUGGGAAGGCGACGAAGAGAAAAGCCGCGAGGUCGAAUUGAAAACUUCUCGUUUCAAGGAACAAGAACAAAAGCGGCCUUCUAGGGAGAGACACCGUCGCGAACGCAAAGGAUCUUAUAGCCGCGAAAGACCAAAGAAAGAAGAGAAGAAGCACGAAGAAAUACGUCGCGAUCCUUCCAAAAGCACAAAAGACAUAGAAAGGGAUAAAAUACGAACAAAAAGAGAUAACGAGAGUAAGCUUUUAGCGGAAAAAGAGAAAGCUAUAAAGCAUUUGUUGGACUCUGACAAUGUCGUGCCUCCUGGUACAGAGACAGAGGCGAUUCAAAGCAUCGCAGAGAAACAGAGUUUGGAACAAGUGCAAAUGCAUAUCCGUAGAAGUCGAGAGCGGCGUAAGAGUUUAGAACGCCAAGGUGGAAAUUCGUUAAGGCGUAGGACUCCAGAUAGAAUUAGAUUAAAUUCUCUAAACUCUCGACGGAAAUCCCCGUUAAUUUUAAGCCCUGAGCGCUGCAGGAGUCCCUUCAAAAUUAGCAUGGAAAGGCAUCGAAGUCCGUUGAGGUUUAGUCCAGAAAAAAGAAGAAGCCCAAGAUUUAAUUGUGUCCGUAGAAGUCCUUUUGCGUUUAGUCCAGAGAGAAGAAGAAGUCCUGUCAGACGACUUAGCUGGGAACGAAGAACAAGCGCGGAUAGAAGAUGGAGUGCUGAACGACACAGAAGACGUACGAAUAUACACGAACGCCGAAGAAGUCGAUCACGGGAUCGGCAGCGAAGUCGAAGUAUGGAACGCAUUAGAAGAAAAGCCAGCCGUUCGCCGAUUAACAGACGUUACAGUCCUCGACGCAGGAGCAGAACUCGAAGUAGGUCGAUAGAACGUCGUACGAGAAAGCGAUCACCUUUCAUCAACGAAUUGACGAGGCAGUUGAGGAACGAAGCUAUAGUGACGUCGCAUAUAAACACUGGAUAUGCACCUCCUCCCCCAAUGGAUGGGAUAUCACCGUUGAUGAACACCGUCGUGUAUCAACCAGAAGCAGAGCCUAGACCACCGAUGCCACCAAUGCCACCUUACAUACAUCAACCUGGACUACCACCACCCAUGUCGUCAGGUGUAACUCCUGGCAGCGGACCACCACCAUUCAUGAACUUUGAACACUCAUCUCAAACCGUGAACUUCGACUCCGUACCGUUGCAUCCAUUACCUCAAACCGAAUACGUCUCUGGCCCAGUUAUGUACAACCAACCGAACGCCAACUCGAUCCAACCCGCCCAUCGACCACCGCUUCUCCCCGCGCCGAUCACUUCACCGCAACCAGAACCUGCCACAGGAUCCAUGGAACACACUCCAACAGCGUACGGUCUACAGACACCUCCCCAGCAGUCGCAAAUUCAAAACUUCGAAUUUUCGAGUAAAUCCAAGGAUAAAGCAUCAAAAAAGUACAGGGAACGCUAUAGAGACUCCUAUAACGGCUAUCAGGCUUCCCAAGAAGAACGACUAAAGACUCCUGAACCACCAGUUAUCUCCGAUACAAAACAGUUUGAAAAGACGAGUUUAUCCAGUCUGCUGGAAGCAUCUGUUUCCGCAAAAGAUUCAGCUAAUCUGCCAGUCCUCUAUCCAGGAUUUAAGCCUGAGAUAUUACGGCACUGUGAGCAUGCUCUGCGGGAACUUCCUACGGAAGAUCCACGGUUAAAAAUGAAGGGACGAUUUUUCUACGACCCAAAAAAGGAAAGUGUACAGAAUGACCUGGAUAUGUAUACAUCGAACUCCAUACUUUUGCAAAAGAACAAGAGCAAGAUAUAUUGGGAAGAGGAGGAAGCAGGUGAGUGUCUUACACCGGUAAAGUCGAAUGUACAAAUGCACCAGAAGAUCUGUCAGACCGACGAAGUGGAAACGAGUACGAAACUCGUCCAAGCGAGUGUCACAAUGGUGGAUUUCGAAGUACAAGUUUACCCUCAAGAUCUCCAGCAAGUUACCAAGGAAGACAAGAAACCCAUCAUGGAUCGGUUGGAUUGGAACGUGCGCGAGACUUUCGAUUAUACGCCCAAGUUUCGAGAGGCUGACGAUUUGAGAUGGAGUUUGAGUAAUUCUUCCCAAAAGAGAACUUGGAACAGGACUGUAUCUCCCUCUAGACGAACAGACGAUCGCGAGCACCGCGUAGAUUCCGUUUCUUUAGGAUCGCCGAUUAGGAAUAGGGAUAGCUUUUCCAGUCACAAAGGAUCGGUACGGGAUCACUACGUUCGCGAUAGAUACUCACCCACCUACAGACACUCUCUCAACGAGCGUGACGACUUCCACGAAACCAGAAGUGAUCACAGUCGCGGCGAAAGUCCUAUGAUAUUGGAGGAUUCCGGGGAAGAGAUCGAAUUGGAGCAUACAUUCCAAAGAGGAGCAGAGUGGCAUGGAAGAGGGAAGAUAUUGAGAGGCAGGUCGAGUCCCGUAAUUAAACAACACGUGUACAGAGGCAAAUAUUCGGGAGGAAGGUCCUAUCGUAGCCGUGGAAGCUUUCGUGGAAAAUUCUAAACUUACUUGUGUAAAGCACAAUUUACAAUGUUGUAGAAUUAUAUAAUCAAAUAUAUCGAUAUAUCAAAAUAGUUACAUCUAUUCUUGCAACAGAACUGGGAAGCGAAUGUAAAUAAGUUGCUUUCUUUUAUUCAGAUUAAGUAUCUGUGACAUUUAUAAUAAAACGCAUUUUAAAUACGAUUUGAAUACGAACGUCGUAUAAUAGAGGGAAACAUGUGGACAAUAUGUAAAUGUCCACGGACACGGUAUAUAUAGUUAUAUCACUAGAAAUGCAAGAUCAUUUCUACGUAAUGUUUGUUAAAUAAACGCUUCAAAUGAUAGUGCAAGGAGAAAUACUAUUUAUGGCGUUACGCCAUACUACAUGUGUUAAUUGUACAAAUUUCACAUAUGAUUUUUAAUCGUUCUCUAUAAUGAAUCAUUCUGUCAUUUUCGUACAACUGACACGAUUUCUGUGAACAUGCGGUUAAAAUUCCUUUGAAACGAUAUUGGAACAUCGUUUUUCAUUAGUACGUUGAAGGUGGACGAAAACGAUAUCUAGAAAAUAUUUUGGGGAACAAAAAUGCAAAUUAUUUUCUGUUAACUAAAGUCGUCAGAUUUAAUUAGCAUGUAAAAGGAUACCAUGUAGAGAUGGAAAAGUAAAUACAGAAAUAUUCUUCUGUAUUUCAACUUUUUUCCUUAUUUUAAUACUUAACAUUUAAUAUAGAGAAUGUUGCUGAAAAGCUUAUCUACGAAGCAAGUUAUUCGAGAUUGGCUUCAAAAUCUGAUUAAAAAAGGAACAAACAAUGCCGUAAGGAUCACCUUUUUUCCUUAUAGGUGUAACUUUUUAGAUUUAGAGGUCGUUGAAAUUUCUAUUUCUUUUUUACACAAAUGGAUUUUGAAUAAUAGUUUGAAUAAAAGAGAUGAUUAGAAUAAAUAUAUAAGUUUAUUUACACACAAUAAUGCAAUAUCGAUUUAAUUAAAAUGAAAAGAAAAACUAUUGUAACAUCUGUAUAAAGAAAUUAUACUACAUCAGUGAUAAAGA